GUGCUGUUUUUAUUCAGAAAUUCAUUAUUCGUCUGUUAUUAUUGUUCACUUUACAAGAACCGAGCAGAAUGCCUCUGGAUUCCAUGUUUCAACGCCGCGGUCGGGAUGACUAUUACUGGUCUGACACCGAGUACACGCACAAAACACGCAACCGCGAGAUGCUGAAGGCGCAUGGGGCUGAGAUCAAGAAGCUUUUCGGUCCGGACCCCUGGCUGCGUCGUCUGUUGACGCCGUUCGUGCUCCUGCAGCUCUACCUCGGCUACCGCGCCAAGGACAUGGGGUGGCCAACACUCUUCCUGGUGGCGUAUUUCGUUGGUGGGACGAUUACUCACAGUGUAUUCCUGGCCAUCCAUGAGAUUACACACAACCUGUGCUUCAUCACGCCCUUCUUCAACGACGCGUACGCCUUCUUUGCAAACCUCGUUGUGCCUGUGCCGUAUGCGAUGAUGUUCAAGACGUACCACGCCGAGCACCACCGGUACCUCGGGUGGGAUGGCAUUGACUCCGACCUGCCGACCCGCUUUGAAGGUAAGUACCUGUCAAACUACGCUGGCAAGUUCUUCUUCCUGUCAUUCCAGGUUCUGUUUUACGCUUUCCGCCCGACUGUUGUGCGCACAAUCAAGUUUGAAAAACUGCAUGUGCUCAACUACAUUGUUCAGCUCUCUUUUAAUUUACUUGUGUAUUAUUUCUGCGGCUGGUGGCCUCUGUUGUACUUCCUUCUUUCGACCUUACUCGGAACCAGCUGGCAUCCACUGGCAGGCCACUUCAUUUCGGAGCACUUUGUCUUUGUUGGGAAUGGUGGUCAGGAAACGUUUUCGUACUACGGUCCGCUGAACUGGGUGAUGUGGAAUGCGGGUUACCACGUCGAGCACCACGACUUCCCCAACGUUGCCUGGACGAAGAUCGCACAGCUGAACACGAUUGCACCCGAGUUCUACGUGGACCUUUAUCGGACGAAGUCGUGGCCUGGGACACUCUUCGACUUUCUGCUUGACCCGAACAUCAACUUGUGCAGCCGUGUUGUGCGCGAGCGUGAUGCUGCCAAGCGCGAGAAGCUGCUACCCACUUCUUCUGGUCGGAUGAAGGCCGCGGAGCCGCACGUGGGUCCUUGCAAGUGGAACAAAGAUGGCUAA